GAUUUGUACGGUCAUGCUGAGAUUCAUAUUAGUACAGAAUAGACAAGGAAAGACUAGGCUGUCUAAAUGGUACGUCCCUGUCGAGGACGAAGACAAGAUCAGACUGCGUGGAGAAGUACACAGAUUAGUUGCACCACGUGAUCAGAAACACCAGAGCAACUUCGUCGAGUUCAGAAACUACAAAGUCGUCUAUCGCAGAUACGCAGGUUUAUUCUUCUGCGUAUGCAUCGAUGCAAACGAUAAUGAACUCGCUUAUCUAGAGAUUAUACACCUUUUCGUUGAAGUACUCGACGCAUUCUUCUCAAACGUAUGUGAACUUGACCUUGUCUUUAACUUCUACAAGGUAUAUGCAAUUCUAGACGAAGUAUUUCUCGCUGGAGAGAUUGAGGAAACCUCAAAGCAGGUCAUCUUGAAUAGACUGGAGUAUUUAGAGAGAUUAGAAUGAUAUAUCUGUUGUUGUUACAACUCAAAUGAGCAUACAUAUACCACUUUACUUUCCG